AUGGACCAUUCUUAUGGGAUACUUUUUACUUAUACAUUUGUCAUUUUGCUCUUUCUUUUUUGCUUCCUUCCUUCCUUUCUUUCUUUUUUGCUUCCUUUCUUUCUUUUUUGCUUCCUUCCUUCCUUCCUUCCUUCCUUCCUUCCUUUCUUUUUUGCUUCCUUUCUUUCUUUUUUGCUUCCUUCCUUUCUUUUUUUUUGCUUCCUUCCUUUCUUUUUUGCUUCCUUCCUUCCUUCCUUCCUUCCUUCCUUCCUUCCUUCCUUCCUUCCUUCCUUCCUUUCUUUUUUGCUUCCUUUCUUUCUUCCCUCCUUCCUUUCUUUUUUGCUUCCUUUCUUUCUUUUUUGCUUCCUUUCUUUCUUUUUUGCUUCCUUCCUUCCUUCCUUCCUUCCUUCCUUUCUUUUUUGCUUCCUUUCUUUCUUUUUUGCUUCCUUUCUUUCUUUUUUGCUUCCUUUCUUUCUUUUUUGCUUCCUUUCUUUCUUUUUUGCUUCCUUCCUUUCUUUUUUGCUUCCCUCCUUCCUUUCACUUUCAUUUUCCCUUUUUCUUUCUUUAUUGCCUUCCUUUUUAGUUCUUUUUCUUUGUUUUCUUUUUUUCCUUCCUCUUUCUCUCUUUUCCUUCCUCUUUCUCCUUUCCUUUCCUUUUUCCUUCCUUCCUUUAUUUUUUAUUUCUCUCCCUAAUUUGUUUCAUUUCUUAUUUCCUUCUUCUCCUUUCUCUCCUCUCUUCUUUUUACUUUAUCUCCUUCAUUUAUUAUUUCUUAAAAGUUCCUAUUAUUCCCUAAAUAAUUUUCAUUCAUUUCUUCCAUUCUUUGCUUGCUUUAUUCCUUCUUUUUUUACUUUGUUCAUUUCUUUUCCUUCAUUCUUCCUUUCAUUUUCCCUUCUUCAUUUCUUGUCUUUCCUUCUUUUAUUCUUUGCUUUCUUUUUUUCCUUCUUCAUUUUUCCCUCAUUUUACUUGAACCAUUUUUCUUUUUUGUAUUUUUCAUUUCUUUUUCUUCUUUUGCAUUAUUCAUUUCUGUUUUUUUCUUUUUUAAAUUCUUCAUUUUUUUCCAUCUUCUUUUUGGCAUUCUUUCCUUUUUUUCUCUUUCUUAAAUGCAUUCUUUUUGCAUUCUUUUUCUUUUUUCAUUUAUAUUUCUUUUCUUUCUUCUUUUUCCAUUCUUAG